UCACAAAAAAUAUUGGUAAAUGACUAUUUAUCCUGACAUAUCCUCUAGCCAUAAAUAAGUGAUGGAAAAUCAUACUGUAGUGACAGAAUUUAUAUUAAUUGGCUUUAAGGAUCAACCAAAGGUGCACAUAUCUCUCUUCUUUCUCUUUUUGGUAAUAUACAUCAUCACCCUAGUGGGGAACAUGGGCCUGAUCAUAAUUACAACUGUUGAUGCCCAACUUCAUAGCCCUAUGUAUUUCUUCCUGAAAAACCUGUCUUUUUUGGAUAUUUGCUACUCUUCAGUCAUCACUCCAAAAGCUAUGUUGAGUUUUAUAACUGGAAAUAAGACCAUUUCCUACAGUGGUUGUGCAACUCAGAUGUUCUUCUUUUCUUUGUUUGGAACCACAGAGGCCUUUUUCUUGGCUGUAAUGGCAUAUGACCGAUUCACUGCCAUAUGUAAUCCAUUGCUGUAUCAUAUCAUCAUGUCAAAGAAAAGGUGUGCUUGCCUUCUAUCCAUCUCUUACUUUUUUGGCUGUAUCAACUGCUGCAUCCAGACUGGUUUUACAUUCACUCUAUCAUUUUGUGACUCACUUGUAAUUGACCACUUCUUUUGUGAUGUCCCAGCUGUCAUGAAGAUCUCCUGCUCGGUUACUUUUGUGAAUGAACUUGUGCUCCUUUCAGUGUGUGGCUUUAUCAUUGUGACCACAGCUAUAGUAGUCCUAGUAUCCUAUGUUUAUAUUAUUAGUACUAUAAUAAAUAUACCAUCUGUCAAAGGAAAACAAAAAGCUUUCUCAACUUGUACCUCCCAUUUGAUGGCAGUCAGCUUAUUUUUUGGUACAGUUUUUUUUAUGUAUGCACAACCUGGGGCUUUGUCUUCUCCCAAUCAAGGAAAAGUUGUAUCACUAUUUUAUACAGUUGUCAUCCCAAUGUUGAACCCCAUAAUCUACAGCUUAAGAAACAGAGAGGUUAAAGAAGCUCUGACCCGACAAUUAAGGAAAAUUGAUACCUAG